UGUAGUUUACAGCAGCAGCAGCCAAUCACCCUCAAAUGGAUUGAUGAUGAAGGCGACCCGUGCACCAUAUCCUCUCAGAUGGAACUGGAAGAAGCUUUUCGACUGUACUGUCAACACAGAGAUGAAGGACUCAUCAUUCAUGUUUUUCCAAGCAUCCCAGAGAAGCCAGGAAUGCCCUGCCCAGGAGAAGACAAAAAACAAGGCACAGGAGGGACCAUGCCCAGGGAGUGAUGCUCCUGAUAAGGGAUUAAUGAAGGAAAUGUAUCCAAAAAGGACUGGCGAAUCAAUCUACCGCCGAGGGGCCAGAAGAUGGAGGAAACUCUACCGAGUGAAUGGGCAUCUGUUUCAAGCCAAACGUUUUAACAGAAGAGCGUACUGUGGCCAGUGCAGUGAAAGGAUAUGGGGUCUCGGAAGGCAAGGCUACAAGUGUAUCAACUGCAAAUUACUGGUCCAUAAACGUUGUCAUAUACUUGUACCACUGACCUGCAAAAGGCAUAUGGAUUCGGUGAUGCCUUCCCAAGAACCUCAAAUAGAUGAUAAAAAUGAUGAAGUUGACCUUCCCUCCGAAGAAAAUGAUGGACUCGCUUAUAUUCCCUCAACCCGGAAACAUGACAGCCUUAAAGAUGAUUCUGAGGACAUUAAGCCAGUUAUCGAUGGGAUGGAUGGAAUUAAAAUAUCUCAGGGGCUCGGGCUGCAGGACUUCGAUUUAAUCAGAGUUAUUGGACGGGGGAGUUAUGCCAAAGUUCUCUUAGUGCGAUUGAAAAAGAAUGACCAGAUUUAUGCCAUGAAGGUAGUCAAAAAGGAGUUGGUCCAUGAUGACGAAGACAUCGACUGGGUGCAGACAGAGAAGCAUGUAUUUGAACAGGCCUCCAGUAACCCAUUCCUUGUUGGCCUGCACUCCUGCUUCCAAACAACGAGUCGGUUAUUCCUUGUCAUCGAGUAUGUGAAUGGAGGGGAUCUCAUGUUUCAUAUGCAAAGGCAAAGAAAGCUUCCGGAGGAGCACGCCAGGUUUUAUGCUGCUGAAAUAUGUAUUGCUCUAAACUUUCUCCACGAACGAGGAAUUAUCUACAGGGACUUAAAACUAGAUAAUGUCCUCUUAGAUGCCGAAGGUCACAUCAAAUUAACAGAUUAUGGCAUGUGCAAGGAAGGAUUGGGCCCGGGUGACACAACAAGCACUUUCUGUGGGACACCAAAUUAUAUUGCACCCGAAAUCCUAAGGGGAGAAGAAUACGGGUUCAGUGUGGACUGGUGGGCUCUUGGCGUCCUGAUGUUUGAGAUGAUGGCAGGAAGAUCGCCAUUUGAUAUAAUCACAGACAAUCCGGACAUGAACACUGAAGAUUACCUCUUCCAAGUUAUCCUUGAGAAGCCUAUUCGAAUCCCCAGAUUUCUCUCUGUCAAAGCUUCCCACGUCUUAAAAGGAUUUUUAAAUAAGGAUCCCAAAGAGAGGCUUGGUUGCCAACCACAAACGGGAUUUUCAGAUAUCAAGUCUCAUACGUUCUUCCGCAGCAUAGACUGGGAUCUGCUGGAGAAGAAGCAAGCCCUCCCUCCAUUUCAGCCUCAGAUAACCGAUGAUUAUGGUCUGGAUAACUUUGAUACACAGUUCACCAGCGAACCUGUGCAGCUAACCCCAGAUGACGAGGAUGUAAUAAAAAGAAUAGACCAGUCAGAAUUUGAAGGAUUUGAAUACAUCAAUCCCUUGUUGCUUUCUACAGAAGAGUCAGUAUGAAGAAAUGGCAUCUCCAUUGUGGACAAAUAAUGUGAAUGAACUUUUAAAUUUAUCCCUAACUACAGUAUAUGCAUGCAAGGCUGGGGAACUGUAAGGUUUUGAGUGGAGACCAAUGAUUUUUUAAAAAAUUGCUGCUGAAAAUCAAAGAAGAGAAUAGAUUUUGGUGGGUGUCUUCCUCUAAGUAAUACUGGUUUUUCAGUUUGGGGCACUGACGCGACUGGCUUCUUUUCUGAGGGAAUGUGCACAUGUGCCUGCUUCACUGAAGAAUCUCAUGUUCGUUACAUCCUCGGGAAAGGAAUGUUCAAACGACUUUGAAGGUGCACACUUUCUACAGAACAAAACUUGAUGCAAUGGCCAACAAAUUCAAGAAAAUUCGUGUAAUAUCCUGAAGAAUAAAAUGUUACAGUGGUGUUGAACCUCA